UACUUUUCCUAACUUGAAACCAAGUUAAAUAAAACCCCUGAAGUUGUAUAGCUACAUGCAGCAACCAUUUGACUUGCAUUACAUACGAUAAGUCAUAUAGGAAAUAUAGGCAAAAGGCAACAAUUAACAGUUGUUGAACCAUAUAGUUUCUUCCUCUGUCGAUCACAAGCAUGAGGCCUAAACCCCAUCAAUCCCUCAAUUUGAAGCUCAUCAUUGUAGCGGUUCUAGUUACCUUGUUUGUCCUCUUAGUGCUAAUAUCAAACUCUUCUACUUCCAACCUUCCCCCAGCAGGUAAUUCAGAAGCAAAAACUUCAAAAACAGAUUGUUCCCUAUCCUCAAACUGCGGAAAGAUCCUAGCUUCUCUAUCAGAAGCUCUGAUCCACUAUGCGACCUCAAGCAUAACCCCGCAACAAACACUGAAGGAGAUAUCAGUGUCAGCUCGAGUGUUGGAGAAGCGAUCACCAUGCAAUUUCCUAGUGUUUGGAUUGGGGCAUGACAGCCUGAUGUGGAGCGCACUGAAUCACGGAGGCAGGACAAUUUUCUUAGAAGAAGAUUCGGCGUGGAUUGAGCAGAUACGACGGCGUUUUCCAAUGUUAGAGUCGUACCACGUAGCGUACGAUAGCAAGGUGAAGGAAGCUGAUAAUCUAAUGGAGGUUGGGAGAGGAAGUGAGUGCACUGCAAUAGGGGAUCCUAGAUACUCAAUGUGCGGGCUAGCUUUGAAAGGUUUGCCGAGUGAAGUGUACGAGACAAGAUGGGAUGUGAUAAUGGUGGAUGCACCCACAGGGUAUUAUGAGGAAGCCCCAGGAAGGAUGAGUGCCAUUUACACUGCCGGGAUGUUGGCAAGGAACAGAGACAAGGGUGGUGACACAGAUGUGUUUGUGCAUGAUGUGAACAGGGUUGUGGAGGACAAGUUCUCUAAGGCAUUUCUGUGUGACAAGUACAUGAACAAACAGGAAGGCAGAUUGAGGCACUUCACUAUCCCAUCUCACAGGGAUCACUUAGACAAGUCAUUUUGCCCCCCAUAAUCUAGUAGACUAGUAGCUUCUUCUAGCUUCUUCACUUUUCAAUCUUAAUUCUUUUUGAUUAAUUGUGUCCGUACAUUUCUUUGUAUAAUUAUGUUUUUUCUUAUGAAUUCGUGGAGACAACUCCUGCUUAGCAGACAUGAUCAUGUAAUCUACUGUAAUGUAAGCAAAGCAUGUUUAUAUGUGCAUGCUUACUUAUUACUAGACAAAUUUUUAUUUGGAUCCACACAAUGAAUGAAUGAAUUGAUAAAUUCUAGUUUCUAUGGAUGAAA